AGGAAGACCGAGGAGGAGGAGCAGGAGAAGCGGGAGCCGGUGCUAUGGUGCUGUCGCUCGCGCGCCGCGCGCUCCUGGCGGGCCGCCGGCGGCUCCCCCGUCCCGCCGCCGCUCCCCGCGCUCCGGCGGCGGCGCGGCUCUGCUCGGGCGCGAGGGGCGAGGCGGAGGCGGCCGGCGGGGACGGGGCGAUGCUGCGGCACCUGGCGCGCAAGCUGCGGGCCAGCGGGCCGGUCACGGUGGCCGAGUACAUGCGGGAGGCGCUCACCAACCCCGGCCAGGGCUACUACACGCGCCGCGGCGGCGUCGGCGAGAGCGGGGACUUCAUCACCUCGCCUGAAAUAAGCCAGGUGUUCGGAGAGUUAAUAGGAAUAUGGUACAUCAGUGAGUGGAUGGCCAUGGGCAAACCAAGCACCUUCCAGCUGGUGGAGCUGGGCCCAGGGAGGGGCACCCUCACUGAGGAUAUAUUGCGGGUCUUCAAGCAGCUCGCCUCUGUUCUUAGUAAAUGUGAUGUCUCUGUUCAUCUGGUAGAAGUGAGCCCCAAACUCAGUGAGAUCCAAGCAGUGAUGCUGACAGGAGGGAAGGUGCAUCCAAGCCCUGAGGAUGAGUCUGCUUACAUGAAAGGCAUUAGCAAGACUGGAAUUCCCAUUUUUUGGUACAGAGACAUUCAAGAUGUGCCACCAGGUUACAGCUUUUAUCUAGCACAUGAGUUCUUUGAUGCCCUGCCAAUACAUAAGUUUCAGCGAACGGAGAAAGGCUGGCGUGAGGUGUUGGUUGAUAUUGACCCAGAAGUUCCUGACCAGCUGCGGUUUGUCCUGUCACCGUCCGGGACCCCCGCGACACAAAACUUUAUUCAGCCAGAAGAAACAAGAGACCACGUGGAAGUGUGCCCUGAGGCUGGUGUCAUUGUGCAGAGGCUGGCCUCUCGGAUAGAGAAGGAUGGUGGGGCUGCUCUGGUUGCAGAUUACGGCCACGAUGGAACCAAAACUGACACUUUCCGGGGUUUCCGUAAUCACAAACUUCACGAUGUGCUGAGUGCUCCAGGUACAGCCGACCUGACAGCAGAUGUUGAUUUCAGCUACCUUCGAAAGAUGGCACAGGGAAAAACAGCUACAUUAGGCCCUAUAAAACAGAGGGAGUUCUUAAAGAACAUGGGCAUUGACCUCCGACUGCAGGUGCUCUUGCAGAAUUCAAGUGACACAGCAACUCGUGAGCAGUUACUUCACAGCUAUGAUAUGCUGAUGAAUCCCGAGAAGAUGGGGGACUGUUUUAAUUUCUUUGCCCUGUUGCCUCACCACAGACUUGCACAUCCUGACAAGAAAGAUAAGCCAGAAUCAAAGUCUCCCCUACCACCUGUUGCUGGAUUUAAUGAACUGUUACUAAAGUAAUUUCAAAUACUGUCUCAAAAUGCAUGAUGGCAGUUUCAGAAUACGUCUGGUGCAGCACACCAAACCUCCGGACUGACCUACUCAAAGCAGUAUGAGUGGAAAUAAAACACUGCACAUACAGAAACCAGCACACACACAGCAGAGAAUGAACAGUGGUUUGGGGGUCUUACAAGAGAACAGAGUGAAAUAUUUACUAGUGGAAUCAAAACUUGUUAGUAACAAACAUGCACUAAGGAUAUUAAAUGUAUUCAAGCUUUGGUACUUGAAUAAAAUCAAGAUGCCUUGA